AGUUUGACCUGUUUGGAGUUUUAGUCAGUGCUGUUCCCUAAGGAAGUGACCCUCCCUCGGCUCCAGAUCCGGCGCUUUCGUUUUUGUUUCCCGGAAGAAUUCCGCAGCGGGCGAUGUGAGCGGAGCGGACCGGGCUGGGCUGGGCUGGGAGACUCUCGGAGCCCCGGGAGCAGGCUCCUGUUCCUGCCCAUACACCAUGACAGAGUGUGAGCGCCGUGCCAGGCUCAAGGAAGAGCAUGCACAUGAAGUGACAAACUGCAGCCCCAUGCCAAGGUCCGUCUCGCCGCCAGUGGAGCCCAGACCAGUCACCAGUGUUCACAAUCACCCUCAGAAUGACCUUAGCUACCUGUCCAGGACAUUGAAAAUGCAGCCAUCACUAUGGAGCAAGGCAGACGUUACACAGUGGCUGAAAUGGGCAGAGAGAGAAUAUUCCCUGCGUUUUAUUGAGGAGAGCAAGUUUGAAAUGAAUGGGAAAGCUCUGUGCUUGCUCACCAAGGAAGACUUCAGGCACCGCUGUCCCAGUUCAGGGGACGUGCUGUAUGAAAUACUGCAACAGAUCAAUAACUACAGAAACUUUGCACAAAGGAAUUUCAUCGUGAAUGUGCCAGCACAACAGGCCAUGCACGCCUCCCCUGGAACUCUCCACAACCCUUUCGAAGUUACCCAGGAGCCAACAAUAUUCCGAUUGCCUGGAUACAGGCCGAGCAGCUCCGUCCUAUCCCAGGGAGACACCUUCCAAACUCGGAGUCGAGUGCAAUCGAUUGGAACCACGAUAGAUGGAAGAGGAGAGGUGGCACCAUUUCAUAGGUUCCAGGUUCACACAGACAGGAUAACGCCGCGAAUUGUGAGCAUUGUGCAGUGUCCGAGACCUGCCAGUGCGAUGAGCUCACCAACGCCGAUUCCCGGCAGUAAGCUGCACAACACUGAGGCCUUCCAGAAUGGUCACUGGGAGGAACCACUAAACCUCUCCAACAGGUCAGAGGGGAAGAGGGGUCUUGACACAUGCUCACUCCCUUCAGCAUGGCAACCACCAGUCACUGGGAAGAUAGCAGACUGCAGGCUACUGUGGGACUACGUUUAUCAGCUACUGUCUGACAGUCGAUAUGAGCAGUACAUCAGGUGGGAGGAUAAAGAGUCCAAGAUCUUCCGUGUCGUUGAUCCCAAUGGACUGGCACGACUCUGGGGAAAUCACAAGAACCGAGCAAAUAUGACAUAUGAGAAAAUGUCAAGAGCUCUACGGCAUUAUUAUAAACUAAACAUCAUCAGAAAGGAGCCCGGCCAGAAACUCAUCUUCAGGUUCCUGAAGACCCCAGAUGAAAUCACCCAUAAACCGGAAAAAUUGGAGCAACUGGAAUUACAUGAGCAGGAAGGAGCCGAUUUUAAAGAGGACACAUUUCAGCUCUCUCCAUGACAGUGACAUUACAAUUGGCACCUACCUGAGCCCUGAGCAUGCCCAGUUCUGGGCCCUGCAGACUGACACUUAGCAACCCAAAACAAACUUUCUCUUUUCCAAAUGGUACCGAUGUGAAGUUUUCCUUGCUUUCUGGGGUUUGUGAGUUUGGUUUGUUGAUAAUAGCACUACAUUCAAUACAUGCACUGGCAAAACUGUAAGAUAUGUUGAGAAGCUUGCUGUGAGAGUUGUGAAGAAAAAUUGUGAAUAAAUUCUUAAUACUUUGAGUCCUA